AUGGAUCCUGUUGAUAUCAUUAAUAAUAUGGAAUCAGAAUUUAUCUAUCAGACCCCUGAUGAUACACGUAUAAAUACUGAUAUUAUGGAGUCAAAACAUAUCUUUAAAACCUUUAACAAUCAUAUAUAUCAUAGUACUACAGAUUUUAUAGAGCCAAAAUAUGCUACGGAUGCUAUGGUAUCAAAAUAUACUUUUGAAACUUUUGAUAAAGUUUUUAUGAAUAAUAAUAGUAGUGUUGUAGAGCCGGAACGCAUCUUUGAUACUUUUUCUGAAGCAUGUGCAACAAUCGAGCAAUAUGCUACACAAACAAAUGCCGUUGUAAUUUUAGAUAAAACAACACGAAAUUCAGAUAAUAGUGACUAUAUACAAGCAACAUUUGUUUGUGAAAAACAAGGCAAUUAUAAUGGAACGAAUGAAGAACAUACAACAAAACAUAUUGGAUGCCCUUUUGCAAUCACUAUAAAUUACUGCAAAUGCUCUCAAAAAUUUGCUAUAACAAAAUCAAAGUUGGAGCAUAGUUAUAAGCCCUGUUUGGACGCUGUAAAAUUUAGCACUGUUGAACGUAAAUUUGAUAAAGAUGAUCUUGGCUUGAUUGAAAAACUCCAUGAUGAUGAAUUAAGAACCAAAGAUAUAUUUUCUGUACUUAACUCAAUUGAAAUGCUCUUUAAGACUUUAUAUGAUGAUGAAAAUAUCUUAGGGUAUACUGCAUUAAAAGCGGCUUAUAAUACUGAAAGAGAUCAAGAUGGUGAAUUUGUUCAAGGAAUUUUUUGGGCAUACCCACUCAUGAAAGCAAUUUCUAAAGAAUUCCCUAAUACACAGCAUCAGUUAUAUACUUGGCAUAUCUUCAAGAAUAUUAGAAGCAAGCUUAAAAAACUUGUUGAUAUUGAAGAGUUCAUUAAAAUCAUUCAAAAACUCGUAUACGAUAAUAAUCUAGAAAAUGAUCAAAUUGAUCAAGAGAUUGCAGCAUUAUGGAAACAAUUUCCAAAGGCAAAGACUUAUAUUUUACAUAGCAAACUCAAGGGCAUCGAAAAUCGGGUUACUCCAGUUGAUAAGUUAGUAUUAAGCCUCUGA